AUGCAAAAGAAUCUCGUAGAAGUUGAACGUGAACUUAUUCUUGAUAGUAUUCGAGAAGAGACAGUUUUUACAACUUCAAAAUACAUGCCACCAACGUCACCGAUGGGAGCAAUAUCGGAGUCUGCUGCCGCUCAACUUUUAGAUUUUUCUCAGCGCCUCGAUAUUGGACUUCUAGACCGCGUUGUAAACUGUAUGUAUCAUGAAGCAGGGGAUCAACAAAAAAUCGCAGAAAAAGUUUUAAACACACUCAAGGAACAUCCAGAUGCAUGGAUGCGUGUAGAUUCAAUUCUCGAAUUUAGUUCAAACCAAGAAACGAAGUAUUUCGCGCUUCAGAUACUUGAAGCAUUGAUCAAAACACGUUGGAAAGUCUUAGCUCGGCCUCAAUGUGAAGGUAUCAAAAAGUACAUUGUCGGUUUGAUCAUCCAAACAUCAUCUAGUUCAGAACUCUUGGAGUCGGAAAAGACGUAUCUUGGAAAGUUAAAUAUGAUUCUGGUUGAGAUAUUAAAACACGAAUGGCCUAAUAACUGGUCAACAUUCAUCAGUGACAUUGUUGGAGCAACGGGUGUAGUGCUAGUUGAAGAAUAUGAUACUCAGCUAGUAGAACUGUUUGUUUCUACUACCGAAAAAUUAAAAGAGAUGUUGCCCCUGGAAACACGAUUAAAAGAAGCCUACGAACGCGGAAGUAAUGAUGAACAAAAUUUUAUCCAAAACUUGGCGAUUUUCUACACAACGUUCCUCAAAGUUCAUAGCAGUCUCGUCGAAAAACCUGAGUUUAUUUGGAAGUUACAAGAUGCUUAUGCUUAUCUUUUGAUGCUCUCCGAAGUCGAGGAAAGGGAAAUAUUCAAGAUUUGCUUAGAAUACUGGAAUAUUUUAGUUUCUGACCUAUAUCGAGAAAGUCUUACAACUACUGUGGUUGGAACAUUAGCUGAAUCCGCUACUGGUGAAGGUCGAAGUAAACAAUAUGCACCAAUUUUAUCGAAGCUCCGAAGAAUCAUGAUUUCACGCAUGGCUCGUCCUGAAGAAGUACUUGUAGUUGAAAAUGAACAUGGAGAGGUUGUCAGAGAGUUUAUGAAGGAUACAGAUAGUCUUAAUUUGUACAAGAGCAUGCGUGAAACAUUGGUCUACCUAACUCAUUUGGACUAUUCAGACACAAAGAAGAUUAUGAUCGAAAAGCUGCAACACCAAGUGGAUGGGCGAGAGUGGUCAUGGCAUAACCUUAACACUCUUUGCUGGGCAAUUGGUAGCAUCUCUGGUGCUAUGCAGGAAGAUGAUGAAAGAAGCUUUUUAGUUAUUGUGAUUCGAGACCUUCUUGGACUGUGUGAACAAAAACGUGGAAAAGAUAAUAAAGCUAUUGUUGCGAGUAAUAUCAUGUACGUUGUUGGUCAAUAUCCCCGAUUUUUACGCGCACACUGGAGAUUCUUAAAAACUGUAAUUACGAAGCUUUUUGAAUUUAUGCAUGAAACGCAUGAAGGUGUGCAAGAUAUGGCAUGUGAUACUUUCAUUAAAAUUGCUCAGAAAUGUCGGCGACAAUUAGUAACUGUACAGUACGGAGAAGCAGUCGAAUUUAUUGAGGAGAUUUUAAAAGAAAUUGAUAUCAUAAUCAAUGAUUUACAACCUCAACAAGUUCACACAUUUUAUGAAGCUGUAGGAGUUAUUAUUAGUGCACAACUUGACUCAGUUGUUGAGGCCAAGCAAAUAGAAAGACUUUUCCGCUUACCUAAUCAAAUUUGGGAUGGAAUUCUCGUCCAAGCUGCAUGCAACAUUGAUUUAUUAAGAGAUUUUGAAGUUGUACAGCAGCUUUGUAAUUUAUUGAAAACGAAUCACAGUGCUUGCAAAUCCCUUGGACAUUCUUAUCUUGUACAGCUUGGUCGGAUUUACUUGGACAUGUUAAAUGUUUAUAAGAUAAUGUCCCAAAAUAUUGGUCAAGCUGUGGCUACCAAUGGAGAGCAGGUGACAAAACAGCCGCUUAUUCGCAGUAUGCGAUCAGUUAAAAAAGCGAUAUUGAAUCUAUUAUCUUGUUGGAUAAAAAGAACUACUGAUCCUGUAUUUGUGGCAGAAAAUAUUUUACCUCCGUUAUUAGACGCCGUAGCUGACGAUUACCAAAAAAAUCUUCCCGCUGCUCGAGAGGCAGAAGUUCUAAACUUAAUGGCUACUCUUGUUAAUUGUCUUGAAGGACAUAUUCUUCCAGCUCUGCCUCGUGUUUUAGAUGCUGUCUUUCAGUCGACUCUGGAGAUGAUCGAUAAAGACUUGGAAGAAUUUCCCGAGCAUCGAACUAAUUUCUUUACCCUUCUGCAAGCUGUAAACGCGCAUUGUUUCUCUGCUUUGUUAAGCUUAACAUCUGAUAAGUUCAAACUGAUUUUAGAUAGUGUCAUUUGGGCAAUCAAGCACACUAUGAGACAAGUCUCAGAAACAGGACUCAAUAUACUACAUACAAUGCUUGUAAAUAUGUCUGGUGCAAAUUCCGAAAAACGCCAGGUGUUUUUUAAAACAUUCUUCAUGGAUAUUCUUCAGCACAUGUUUGCUGUCAUUACUGAUCGCUCUCAAACAGGAAAUUUAACUCUCCAGUCAUCACUGUUGGCUUAUAUGUUUAAAAUAGUGGAGAACGACAUCAUCACAGUUCCGCUUGGUGAUGCUCCUGAGUCAACAACCAUACAAGGUUCAAAAGGCAAUGUACAGUAUGUACACCAAAGCUUAAGUCAGUUAUUAAAACAAGUUUUCCCUCACCUGCAAGAUACACAAAUUCGUGUUUUUAUUGAUGGACUAUUUUCAUUUGAUCAAGACGUGGCAGCAUUUCGUGAACACGUGCGUGACUUUCUUGUCCAGAUACGCGAGGUUGCCGGGGAAGAUUUAUCUGAUUUAUAUUUGGAAGAAAGGGAAGCUGAAAUUGCUCAAGCUCAAGCAGCAAAACUAAGACGUCAAGCAUGUGUCCCUGGAAUUUUGGGUCCCCAUGAAGUUGAUAUGUGUGACUAG